AUGGGCGGCCCCCGGGGCGCGGGUUGGGUGGCGGCGGGCCUGGUCCUGGGGGCCGGCGCCUGCUACUGUAUUUACCGGCUGACGCGGGGCCAGCGGCGAGGCGGCCGGGGCCUUCGGCUGCGUCCCUCGCGGUCCGCAGAAGACUUAACCAAUGGUUCAUAUGAUGAUGUCCUAAAUGCUGAACAACUUCAGAAACUCCUUUAUCUGCUUGAAUUAACUGAGGAUCCUAUAAUUAUUGAGAAAGCUUUGGUCACUGUGGGUAACAAUGCAGCCUUUUCAGCUAACCAGGCCAUUAUUCGUGAACUGGGUGGGAUUCCCAUUGUUGGAAGCAAAAUCAACAAUCCCAACCACAGUAUUAAAGAGAAGGCUUUAAAUGCACUGAGUAACCUGAGUGUGAAUAUUGAAAAUCAAAUCAAGAUAAAGGUAUACGUCCAUCAAGUCUGUGAGGAUGUCUUCUCUUGUCCCCUGAACUCCCCCGUGCAACUUGCAGGACUGAGAUUGUUAACAAACAUGACAGUUACCAAUGACCAUCAGCAUAUGCUUACCAAUUACAUUACAGACCUGUUCCAAGUGUUGCUUACAGGAAAUGGAAGUACCAAGGUUCAAGUUUUAAAACUGCUGUUGAAUUUGUCUGGAAAUCCAGCCAUGACAGAAGAACUACUUGGUGCCCAAGUGGAUUCCCCAUUCCUUUCCCUUUAUGAUGGCCACGUGGCAAAGGAGAUUCUCCUUCGAGUGCUUACACUAUUUCAGAAUAUAAAUAACUGCCUCAAAAAGGAAAGCCAUUUAGCUAUUCAGCCUACUUUCACUAAAGGUUCGCUGUUUUUCCUGUUAUAUGGAGAAGAAUGUGCCCAGAAAAUGAGAGCGUUAGUUAAUCACCACGAUGUGGAUGUGAAGGAAAAGGCAACAAUAAUACCCAAAUUCUAACUAGUAGGUCAUAUUUUUCCAGAGUAAUGCAGUCUGGAAGUAAUGCAUAUAAACUUAAUCUUUACAAAGGGAUUCUUCCAGUUGCUGAAUUUAAACAGUAAGUAUCAGAUUUCAUCAUUUACACAGCUGUAACUUGCCACAGUCUUCUGGUUUAUUUUGGACCAUUUUAUUGAUACCAAAUGAAUAUAACAACUUAUUCUGAAAUAUUUUUUAUUUUGCUAUUUGCUGAACUACUUCACUUAUUUCCUCUAAAUGAAUUGACAGUGACCUUUUUAUGUGUAAGCUACUCUUCUGCUGUUUGCUGUGAUUUUUUUUUUUUUAUCCUCAC